AUGAGCUCAACGAACUUUGCAGCUGCUCAGGAGCGGGUGCUGGAACGACGCCGUCAACGCGAGGCAGAAUCCCGUGCUAGACGGGCAGAACAACAACGAGCUUCUCCGAUCAGUCCGCAAACGGUCCAACGUUUGCCGUACCCGUUGAACAAACUACCAGGCUCAGGAUGGGCGCUCUGGAACACAGUGAAGGGAAGAGAAGGAACCAAGCCGGCGUUUCGAGUGGGUCAGGUUGAUUCCGAACUGCUGGAUGAAGAAUUACUGGGUCUAUUGAAGGGACAGGUUGGAGAUGCUUUAAAAUACUUUGGGUCAUCGAUGCGAGACGACUGGUCACACGAGAUUCAAUUUGCGUUGCGAGCAAUUCUUUUCAAGUUAUCGAUAUGGGAUCAUAACGCGUCAUACGGUGCUGCCCUCCAGGGUCUCCGAUACACCGAUAGUCGCAGCAGCGGCGCUGUACAAUCCCCUCCCACAAAAUGGCAAAAGACGACGUACGGCCUGUUGACUGUCGGUGGUCGCUAUGCGUGGGAUAAGUGGGAGAGUUGGUUGAUUGGGCAAGAAGGUGGCUACGAAGAACCAUCCCAGGAAGUUCGGAUGUUUUCCCGCCUCACGGAUCUUGCUUCGACGACACACUCAAUCGCUGCCUUUGCAUCCUUCCUUGUAUUCUUGGUCAAUGGCCGUUAUCGCACAUUAGUCGACAGAAUCCUACGAAUCCGUCUUGCAGCACCAUCCGCACAGGCCAGUCGAGAGGUCUCAUUCGAAUACCUCAACCGACAAUUGGUCUGGCAUGCUUUCACCGAGUUCCUGUUGUUCCUUCUUCCUCUUGUCGGAAUCAGUCGCUGGCGCCGAUGGAUUUCUCGAGCAUGGCGAAAGACGGUAAACGCGGUCAAAUCAAAGGGAGAUGAGGAAGAGUCUAGUGAAAAGCAAGGCGAAUUGGCAUUCCUGCCUGAACGUACAUGCGCCAUCUGCUACCGGGACCAAAACCCUACAUCUACCUCUGAAACUGAUGUCCUAGCAGCCUCGGCUUCAGGUGGCAUCUCGGGAUCUGCUCAAACAGACAUUACCAACCCCUAUGAAACCGUCCCAUGCGGCUGUAUCUACUGCUUUGUUUGCGUUGUUCAAAAGCUGGAAGGCGAAGAGGGCCAAGGAUGGGUUUGCCUUCGCUGCGGUGAGGUUGUCAAGAAAUGUCAGCCUUGGAACGGCGAUGUUUUGGAAGAAGCCCGGUCUCAACCUGGUACAGGGAAGAUUGUCGGCUUCGCCAUGGAUGAAGACCACGAUCUCAAUGAGAAACUCGACACUCACGAAGAUACCGAAAAGGCGAGUCCAUUGAAAGAGAUCAGUGCCGAUGAGGCAUUGCAACACUCAAACCAAUGGUCCACUGAAGAGAAACCAACCGAGAAUGGACACGCCGUCGAAAGCGACUCUGGCUUUUCAGAGGAACACUCUGAGAAGAGUUGA